CGGAACACAGGGCAGAUACUAUCAAAUGACUGGCAGCUGGCAUGUUAUGGCUAGUGUGACCAUGUGCCAUCGAUGAUUUUCCCGCGUGUCAGGUGUAUGGCCUCACCUUACUGUACACUAGGACAAUUUCAUACUUUCAUCGCUUAGUUCAGCGCCACGGUUUGAUGGUUCCACAAAAUGACUCUUGCAUCCCCCCGUCAUUAACUUUUUUUUUUUCAAAUAACAAUUUUACAAUACACUCAAAGCUACUUUGUACUGCAAAAAGUGAUGGACAGCAACACGAAAAGUGUAAUUUCUCAAUACUGGGCCACGUUGUAAAUGACAAUUCAUAAUUUGACUGAAGCUCAUUUGAAUACCUAAAUUGAAAUUAAAACACACCAUCGCACACUACAUUCGGUUUAACGUGAAAUUUGAGUGAGACCCAACCGCGUGACUUCGUUACAGUAUUAUGAUAAUGAUUGAAGAAUUGCGUAGAGCGCGCAAUUCCAUUUUCGACCCGGAUGACAUCCCCAUCGGGUACGAACAUUUCAGCGGCAAGAAUCCCAGCUGGUGGCGCCGUCGGACCGCCCUGGAAAAGGUUCUUACGCUUAUCAGUGUAGUCUGCGGGGUAGCCGUAGUGGCGUUGAUCAUCUCGCUCCUGACGGUGGUUUUGUCGGACAGAAUACAGAGUGAAAGCAACCCCUCGUCUGCUCAGCCACUAACCGGCGGAAGGAGAGGUAAAGCACUGUCGCAGCAUCCGAACGCUUACAACGGUGUCGGAGAUAAGAGCACCGACAAUGUUUGUCUUUCACCCGGUUGUAUUCAUUCUGCAUCGAAGGCACUUGAGCAAAUGGACCCAGAAGUGGAACCGUGUGACGAUUUCUACAAUUAUGCGUGCGGAAAAUUCGUAAAAGAAACCGUUAUCCCAGACGAGAAGGUAUCGGUUAACACAUUCUCUGUGAUUGGUGAUCGGUUGCAGCAACAGCUGCGAGCCCUGGUCAGCGACGAAAUCAGCGAGUCGGAAGCGACCCCAUUUAAGCUGGCCAAGAACCUGUAUAAACUUUGCAUGAACAAAACUCGGAUCGAGGAGAAGGGCAUUAAACCACUCUUGGACAUUCUGGAUAAUCUGGGUGGAUGGCCAGUUCUGAAAGGACAAGACUGGGAUCUGGACUCAUCCUGGUCUUGGGUCAAAUCGGUGAAAGAUUUUCGCAAUAACGGAUACAGUACGGAUUAUUUCUUCGACUUUUCCAUCGGCAGUGAUUUGAAGAACUCUACUCGACGCAUCAUCGACACCGAUCAGGCUUCACUGGGUAUCAGUCGAGAAUAUCUGGUGAAGGGCAUGGAAAAUCCUAUCGUUUCUGCUUACUAUAACUACAUGGUGGAUAUGGCCGUCCUGCUUGGAGCGGAAGAGGACCGAGCAAAGCGCGAGUUGAUGGAUUCACUGAAUUUCGAAAUGGCUCUGGCUAACAUUUCACUGCCAAACGAGAAAAGACGUAACGCAACCGCCCUGUAUAAUCCAAUGACCGUGAAGGAGUUCCAACAACGCUAUCCCUACACCGAUUGGUUGGAGUAUUUCAACGCCAUCCUUAAAGAUACCGGUAUCGCGAUCGAUGAAAAUGAAGUGAUCAUCGUGAGUGUACCAAGCUUCAUGAAGGAGCUGGGCCCACUGCUACAGAACACGCCCAAGCGAGUGAUGGCGAACUAUGUGAUGUGGCGCAUCAGCGGGUUUUCCUCGUUUUUCCUCACCGAAAAACUUCGCAAACGUCAACUGCAGUACAGUACGGCUUUGAGUGGCAAACAGGAGCAGGAACCAAGGUGGAAGGAGUGCGUCGAAAUCACGUCGGGCAGUUUGCCCAUAUCGGUCGGUGCGCUGUAUAUUCGCAAAUACUUCCGCGAGGAAUCGAAACGAGCUGCGUUGGACAUGGUGAACGAUAUAAAGGGCGUAUUCGUGGACAUUUUGAAAAAGGUCGAUUGGAUGGACGAGAUUACGCGUGAGUCAGCGCUAGAGAAGGUUUCAACCAUGGCCACCCAUAUCGGAUAUCCGGAUGAGCUUAUGAACGACACCAAGAUUGCCGAGUACUACAAGGACCUUGAGUUUCAGCCAGAAAGCAACUACCUAAAUACAAUUCUCUAUAUGAACCAAUUUGGUACGACGAAAGCAUUCAAGAAACUACGCCAGCCUGUUAACAAGACUGAUUGGAUCACUCACUCCAGGCCUGCCAUCGUAAAUGCUUUCUAUUCGUCCAUUGAGAACAGUAUUCAAUUCCCAGCGGGUAUCCUGCAGGGUCAGUUUUUCUCCUACGAUCGCCCCAAGUAUAUGAAUUACGGUGCUAUUGGUUUCGUAAUUGGACACGAGAUCACUCACGGGUUCGACGAUCAGGGCCGACAGUUCGACAAGAAUGGUAAUCUUGUUGAUUGGUGGCAAGCCGAUACGAAGACGGCCUAUCUGGAGAAGGCACGUUGCAUUAUCGAGCAGUAUGGCAAUUACACCGAACCGAAUGUGAAGCUCAACCUCAACGGUAUUAACACGCAAGGUGAAAACAUUGCCGAUAACGGAGGCAUCAAGGAGGCGUACUACGCUUACCGCAAGUGGGCCGAAAAGAAUGGUCCCGAGCCGCGGCUACCGGGCCUAAACCUGAGUCCCGAACAACUUUUCUGGUUAUCCGCUGCGCAAACCUGGUGCUCGGUAUAUCGCCCGGAAACCAUGAAGAUGCGUAUCACCACUGGGGUGCACUCACCGGGACAGUUCCGUGUGCUCGGUCCUAUGAGCAAUAUGCACGAAUUUGCAAAGGACUUUAACUGCCCCGCCGCUUCACCCAUGAACCCUGAGCAUAAAUGUGAAGUGUGGUAGUAUGCUCCACGAUGGCACGAAAUCUCCGAAGCAACCAACCCAGACACACUAGCCGCAAUCAUCAAUGGCGGUAAUAGAGAGGAGGAAGUGAACUUAAUUUAUUGCCUCAACCUCAUUUUCAACAAUUUACGAGGCAUGUUUUUUCAAAAUACAUCCCAAUUGUUCCGGGGUGGUAGACUUUUGAAAAAGAGCGGCAUCAAUGGCAUAGUUGAACGUAUAUAGGAAGUACUCCCAUAAGUGGGCAUGGCCGAACCAAUGUACUCUACGCGGAAAUAUAAUUGUCUGAUUUGAAAUUGAACAAUCGGUGCGAUUAUGUCGCAUGGAGGCAAUGGUGUUAAAUUUGUUUGAUUGCCAUAUUGAUGCAGAAUAGAGGAAAAUAAACAACUUCAUGUUUGUAAUACGAAGAAACAGUGUGUUCAAUCUAUUCAAUUGACUGUAUUCGGUUGUUUUUGGGAUGAAGAUUGUGGUUCAUUGUAAACGGCAUGCAACGCCAAUGGUUAAUUGCCAGGAUGCCCCACUCAGAUGUGAAAAUUCAGUUCGGUUAAAUCCACACUAGCGUGAAAAGAAGCAGCACUGUAACAUAAGCAUACGACAUCGUGGCGCAUUAGUAUCAGUUCGAUACUAUCAAAGUUCAUCUGAGCUUUACACAAUUUACUGUAAUAUCAUAGUUUAAAAUUUGUCAUUUUAAAUUUGAUAGAAAAAUCAAAAAAAUUGAAUAAACAUCAAAGGUUUUUUUU